UUUGUUUGAGUAGUGAAAAGAGUUACAUGAGAGAAGAGCCUAGAGGCAAUUAUUAAAUAAAUAAAAAAGUUAAACAACUGAACGAUUGGAUUGGAGAUAUGCUCUGAGUUGAAAGCCUUGUUUGGGUAUCCUCUAAUUUAUUCCAUUCUUGUGCUCCUCAUCGUUUCUCCAUCAUCAUCCACAACAACACGAUUCAUUUUCCCAUGGCUUCUUCAAUUCGACCUACUCUUUCUCUCUUCAAUCCCUCUCCUCGUCUCUCUUUCUCCCAUUUUUCAACCGUAGUUCCACAAUCCAAGAGUUUUGCGUUGAAAGCGUGUAGAAUGUUUAGAAAAAAUGGAAACUCCGUUAGAGUUAUGGCAUCUGGGAACGUGUCUUCAUCACUAACUGCUUCUUCACCGGAAAACGUACUCGAAUGGGUCAAACAAGAUAAAAGAAGAAUGCUUCAUGUUGUUUAUCGUGUUGGCGACUUGGAUAGAACCAUUAAAUUCUAUACUGAGUGCCUUGGAAUGAAGCUCCUUAGAAAGCGUGACAUACCGGAGGAGAAAUAUACCAAUGCUUUUCUUGGAUAUGGACCUGAAGACUCACACUUUGUUAUUGAACUCACAUACAAUUACGGAGUUGAGAAGUAUGAUAUUGGAACUGGAUUUGGCCAUUUUGGUAUUGCCGUUGAUGAUAUUAUAAAAACAGUGGAACUAAUAAGAGUUAAGGGGGGCAAAAUAUCUAGAGAACCUGGUCCUGUCAAAGGAGGCAAAACAGUAAUUGCAUUUAUUGAGGAUCCUGAUGGUUACAAAUUUGAACUUUUGGAAAGAGGCCCGACUCCUGAGCCAUUGUGCCAAGUGAUGCUUCGAGUGGGUGAUCUUAACCGUUCAAUCGAGUUUUAUGAGAAGGCUUUUGGUAUGGAGCUGCUUCGAACACGAGAUAAUCCAGAGAACAAGUAUACCAUAGCAAUGCUGGGUUAUGGUCCAGAAGAUAAAACUACUGUUCUGGAGUUGACAUACAAUUAUGGAGUCACUGAAUAUGAUAAAGGAAAUGCUUAUGCUCAGAUCGCAAUAGGUACAGAUGAUGUGUACAAAACUGCUGAAGCAAUUAAACUAUCCACCGGAAAGGUUACUCGGGAACCUGGACCAUUGCCUGGUAUCAACACAAAAAUUACUGCAUGCUUGGAUCCCGAUGGAUGGAAGACGGUUUUUGUAGAUAAUAUUGAUUUUCUUAAGGAGUUGGAGUAGAAGAGUAUUUAGGUAGGUCAUCAUCACAGCAAUCUUGUAACAUCUGUAUCAAACCUGUACCAAAGAAUUGGUAUGUCUAUAUGAAGAAAGAAGAUUGAGAAGGCAUCAUAUCCAAAUCCGAUUUUGUAGAAAAUGUAACAAUGACUCUAGCGAUGGUGCUUGUAACAAAUGCUGUAGGGUUGUGGUUGAAUUACAUUAAAGUUCUUUAUUCGAUGGAUUGUUUCAUGGUCUAUAUAUACAACACAAGUAAUUUCAUUCA